AUGAAGUUCUCUACGCUCUUUUUCUCCUCUCAACUCUUUUGGAGCGCGAGCGCAUUUCUUGCUUAUGAAGAAUAUCAGGUGAAGCGAUUGGUGGAGGAGUACGACUUACCCGAGGCGUGCGCAAAGGUCAUGCUGACAGAUAUCGACUGCGAUGCCAGUCUCGACGACGCGGGAAGCACCGGAUGGCAGGGCUCCAUUGAGGAGGGUGACGAUUUCAAAAUCACGGACAGCAUCUGCGCCAAAAAGUGCGGAGACUCUCUUAAACAAUGGACCGCGUCUUUUGCCAAAUACUGCGAGCCAGAGGGAUUUCGUCCUGGCAAUAUGAUGGAGGGCCGAAGACAGAUCUGCGAUAAGGAUGCUAAGACCGGAAAAUACUGCAACGCUAUCAUCGACUCGUUUCCCGACACGGAUGAUGAUGAAGAACUUCCUGCCAAGUACCUCUGCGAGCCUUGCUACGUCCGACGCCUCUGGGGAUUCGACAUCAGCAAUUACAGCCCCGCCAACAGUUGGAUCGUCACCCAACGGGAACGUAUGGACAAGCUCUGUCCCAAGUCAGUGCUAGUUGAGAAAAAGGCGUCAACUAUUCUUCCGCAUACGGGUACGAUGGCGCAGCCUUGGCUAGAAUCUACGCAGACUCCAAGCAAUGUUGAUAGUGGAGCUGAGACUACUUCGACUCCGGAGAGCACCGAAAUCGCGUCAUCAACAACCACUGCUGUACCUUCUGCUACUGCACCAGUAGAGACUAACGCGGCUGAGAGGCUCGAGAACGGUCACCUGAGAGGCCAUUGGGGGCUAUUGCUUCUUUUGGGCAUGAAUGCCUUUGCACUCUGA